GCCUGGACAACCGGAGUACGGAGGAGAUGAAAUUGCAGAGCACAAGUUCAGCACAUUACAAGUGGACCCAGUAGACCUGAACGAUCCACCUGUAAUUCUUGUCUAAUCAGCCUCAGGUCUCAGCAUGGAUGUGGAGGAUGAUCCGCCGCUGUUUCAGACCAGCUGGGGAGGGGAGGAGGAGGAGGAGGAGGAAGAUGAGGAGGAGGGAGAGGAUGGAGAAGCACAGGCAGCAGGACGGAGGUGUUUCUCUGGGGAUGCUGGGGUGUGUGGAGUGUGGAGGAUGGUGGGAUGGGUUUACACACAGCCAUGGUCCAGUGGAGUGGUUUUAGGGGUAGUUGUCCUGCUGCCAUGUGCCCUGUUUGCCUACAUGCUCCUCUACUGCCCUCGCCUGGACAUAGACCUCUCCUACAGUGCCUUCGAGGUUCACAGUCACUUCUCGGCCGAGCGCUUUGAUGCCCUCGCCAUUGCUGUGAAGACUCAGCUGGGAUCCUGGGACAGACGUAGGCGAGAUGUAGAUAACAGCGAGUCUGAGGCCCUGCGGGAGCUGCUGCUGCAGGGACUGGGCAGACAGGCAGCAUUCGACAGGAUAGAUAACGAGGGCAUGAGGUCCUCCAGUCCUCAAAAUGACCCUUCACAAGCAGGAAAUUACCUGAAGAGAGGAGAUAAAAUGAGUAGAGAUAAUAGGAGAAUACCUGAUUUGGUUCAGGAGGGAAAGAGGGAGCACAAAAGCUCAAAUGACACAGCAGAGGAGGAUAAGGAAAGGUCACAGGACAGAAAAUCCACUUUGCCGCUCAUUAGGAAGCGCAGGUUUUCUCCCAACUACUACUUGCAGAGUCAGGCCCUUUCAAGGAUCGAGCUGGUGUUCGUAGCUCAAGGUGAGGGUGACCGCAACAUCUUCACCCCAGAACGUCUGCACACCAUUCACCACGUGGAGCGUCUGCUCAUGCAGCACCCUCAGUUCCAUCAGUUCUGCUGGAAGCCUCUGGAGGUGCUGAGGGAUCUACCACUGGGGCCCUCCUACUGCUCCCCACCCAGCUCCCUGCUGUCCUACCUCUACCCCAGUGAGAGAGGAGGGAAGAUAUAUUACGAUGGCAUGGGCCCAGACCUGGCUGAUAUUCAAGGGUCCCUGAGUCUGGCCAUCACCCACCCACAGUUCUACUGGUACGUGGAUGAGAGUCUGUCCCCUGAGCACCUCUCCUCCUCUCUCUUACGCAGCGAGAUCCACUUCGGAGCUCCUCUGCCAUCGUACUUCUCCCUGCAGGACAGAGCAGACGAGCAGAGGACACGCUUCAAAAACUUUGUGGUUCAGUACGCAGACAUCCUCGCCAAGCAAUCCACCAGCCAGGUGAAGGUGCUGUACGGAGGCACAGAGCUGUUCGAUGAUGAGGUGAGACACACCUUCUACAACGACAUGAUGCUGGCUGUCAUCAGUGGAGCCUGCAUCACUGUGCUCGUCUAUGUCCUCACCUCCUUUUCUGUCUUUCUGACUUUCUUCGGGCUGGCCAGCAUUGGACUGAGCUGUUUGAUGGCUCUUUUCUUAUACCAUGUCGUCUUUGGUGUGAGGUACCUGGGCAUUCUCAAUGGAGUGGCAGCUUUUGUUAUUAUAGGGAUUGGGGUGGAUGAUGUAUUUGUGUUCAUCAGCACCUUCAGACAAGCGUCUCAUCUGCGUCACCCGCAGCAGAGAAUGAUCUACACCAUUAAAACAGCUGGCCGAGCCACAUUCCUCACCUCCUUCACCACUGCAGCUGCAUACGCUGCUAACACCUUCUCUCAGAUCCCAGCCGUGCAUGACUUCGGUCUAUUUAUGGCCCUCAUUGUGAGCUGCUGCUGGCUCUGGGUGUCCGCCCUCAUGCCAGCCGCACUGUGCAUCUGGACUCAGUGUGUGGAGCCCCACGAACACGCCUGGCUAAACUGCUGGAAGUUGUUUUCAUGCCUGUCAGCCAGCCAGAGCCCUUUGUCGGAUGAGGAUGAUGAUGUGGCACUUCUGUCGGUGGAGCUGGAGCCAGGCUCCUGUGACACAGAUGGCGACGCAGCCAUUCUGUCCCUGUCAGUGGAGACACCUCUGUCCCCUCCAGGACAGCAGCAUGUGGGUGUGGUGAGCAUGAACCUCCAGUGGGCCCUGAAGCAUUUAGUGGCAGAGCCAGCUGUGGAGCGACGAAAAGCUGUUCUAGGUGUCUUCCUCCUGAUUCUGCUGUUAUCUGCCGGGUGCUGCUGUCUCCUGAGGCCGGCCACUCACGCACCUCUGCUUUUCCGCCCCGACACAAACCUCCAGACUCUGCUGGCUCUGAGGAGCAACCUCAGCGGUCAAGGCAUCUCCUGCCCCCGGUGCUCAGGUGUGUUCAUGGAGAAGCCCCACUCUUUAUACAGCCACAAUUCCUUAUCGGCAUUUAAGAUUUCUACGCAUCAGCAAACUCCGAGCUCGACAACCUCAAAUGCUCCUCGUACCUCGGUAAAACCCAGUUCAGGCACAAACCAAACAGGCUCUAUCCUGACAGUGUAUAUAUCAAAGCUGGACCUUGGAACCUCUGCAACCAUUUAUCGUUUCUCCCUUAACACCAGCACUCCCUCCCCAUGGAAACUAUGCAGCACAGAGCAUGACCAGGUUUCAUCAUUUCAGGCUUAUAGUCAGCCCCACAGCAAUUACACCAGCAGAAUGACAGUGUGUGUUUCCCAUGUGUACCACCCGUACCCCAGCUGGAUGAUCACAUCUGGCUCAUGCCAGCACAGUCAUGGCUGGUCGCCAGAGUUUUCGUUUUAUGUAGCAGCGUCUCCGCAGCAGCAGCAGCACAGCAGAAGGCUAUACUUUGCACAGCAGCGCCUGAGACCUCAUCCCAGCCGAGUGUGUGUCGACCCUCCUGGCUGCGGCAUCGGCUCUGGGCCUGAUGGACCCACACAGGGAGUCUUUUAUCCUCCUCUUUCCAGUGGUUCCUCAGCUGCUUCCAAAGCGAAACCAUCCAAAACAUUUGGCUUUAACCCGUGCAGCGGGGGUGUGUGUGGCCACCCAGCAGUGCGUCCUCUGGUUGACACCGGGGCCAUGGUUUUUGUCGUGUUUGGUAUCCUGGGAGUCAACCGCACUGAGCCCAAGGACAACCAUGUUAUUGGAGAUAUGGGCAGCAUCAUAUUGGAUCCAGACUUUGAUAUUUUCCAGGAGAUGGGGCAUCUGUGCAAAAUCUGUAAAGCUGUCAGUGCAAACACACAACUAGUGAAGCCAGGAGGAGCACAGUGUCUGCCUUCAGGCAACAAGCUGUCUUCUAUUCUGCCCCUGCUCCACCCUGACUGUCACUCUCUCCCUGAACCCAACCUGCUCCCGGGCCAGCUCUCCCAUGGAGCGGUGGGAAUGCAUGGAGGCAAGGUCCGCUGGCUGUCUAUGGCCUUCGAAUCUACCACGUACAAGGGGAAAUCCUCCUUUCAGACCUACUCCGACUUCGUUCAGUGGGAGAACUUCAUCCAGGAGCAACUUGCCAGCCUCCCGCAGUCAUCUGCUCUGCAGCGAGGUUUCCAGACCUGUGAGCACUGGAAGCAGAUCUUCAUGGAAAUCAUAGGUGUGGAGAGCGCCCUCUGGAGUUUGCUUCUGUCUUUGGCCAUUUGUGUGGCAGCUGUGUCUGUGUUUACUGCUCAUCCUCUGCUGCUGCUGCCUGUUCUCAUAACCAUUCUAGGAGUGAUCUGUCUGGUGGUGGCCAUCAUGUACUGGCUGGGCUGGGAGAUGGGAGCAGUGGAGGCCAUCUCUCUGUCUAUCCUCGUGGGAUCUUCAGUGGAUUACUGUCUGCACCUGGUGGAGGGAUACUUGCUGGCUGGGGAGAUCAUGCCCUCUACGCCUGGUUGUAACUCGCAGCAGCUCCCGACUGAGAGGCAGGCACGGACCCUGGAGGCAGUGAACCAUGUGGGCGUUGCCAUAGUGUCCAGCGCCGUCACCACGGUUAUCUCCACAGUCCCCCUCUUCUUCUGUGUCAUUGUGCCUUUCGCCAAGUUUGGCCAGAUAGUGGCCAUCAACACCGCCGUCUCGAUUCUGUUCACCCUGACCGUGACUGUGGCCAUGCUGGCGUGCAUGGCCCCCGCUCGCUUCAGCAGGCCUCCCAGCGCCGUGCUGAAGGCCUCCCUGGCUGUGAUGGCGGCUGCGGCCGUGGCAGCAGCUCUGUGCUGGGUGGGAGGACAGCUGGGUGCAUUGGCCUGGCGAUCAAUCGGCACAUAAACGCAACCGUCCGUCAAAUCACACUGAUGUCAGGCAGAGGAAUACCUCUGAACGCAGUACUGUAUUUUCCUCCUCAUUGAGAAGGAAUGUCAGAUUACAAUCUCACAGCACAAAGAUGUCAGAAUCAACUCCAUCAUUAGAAGCAGUUUGUCAUCACAAACAUUUUUCUUGUAUUGAUCAGUGGAUUGUAAAGUAUUGGAGAAAAGCAAACAUCUCACCUGCUGAGUAUCACUUCUAAAAUGUCAAGAGUAAGUGGCUGUGACUCAGUAGUGGGUUGACAUGAUGAUUCAGUCUGAGGUAUCGCCCUCGGCUCUGAGGUGGAGAUGAUGUUGAGUAAUCGUAGGGAAACACUGGCUGAGUCACAGUUUUCAUCCGUGUAACUUAUUGAGUUGUGAAAAGCAGCUGACUGUUCUGUGACCUGCUGUCGUGAAGAACAGGGCGCUGAGCUCUGACGUCCGUGAAGAUUAGUGUUCACAUGAUUCAUGGCCAUCUUGUGAAACAUCACACUCGCCUAUUUAUUUAUUUAUUCAAUAUUUUUGGGGAGUGUUUUCUUACUUGUGCAUUGAAUGUGAUUUUCAGAGCCAUAUAGAGUUAUGGACAUCCUGCAGCUGUGUUUGGAUUAAAAGUCGCCAAAUGUAAACAGUGCAAAGGUUUCAGUGUUUUUUCGAUGUCUCAAUCUGCUGCUCUCACACUUUCUGAACUAAUGCUGCCGGCACAAUCUUUUCCAGAGCUGUGUGUGCCAAUACUCACCGCAACCAUCAUCCUCUUCUCUGAACCUUUCACGUGUUUGUAUCUAAGAUCUCAAACUGCUCAAAGAUCUUUUUGUCAUCAGCACCAAUUGAAAGAGAUUUUCUCGUCAGCUCCUCAGGUUCACCCUCCACAUGCCCUCCACCCACUUGUAGGCACUCCAUGUAACCCAUUUUGCUCUCACACAAUUUAUAGUACCACUCCACCGCCCAUCGGUGCUCGCUCCAGUCUGCCCUGCAGUGAGGGCUGUUUUUCAAAACUACAAAACACAAUAAUGGUUGGAGAGAGGGACUCAGUUGCGGUAAGAGCAGUAUAUUUCUGUUUUUUGUGUGUGUGUGCGUGCUUUUUGGGAACGUCAAAUA